CGGAAGUCGAAUCAUCUGAACACCCAUUGUAAUUACUAUUUCAACCGUUUGUGACGUUUUCAUACGUUGGCUUGCCUUAUGUUUUCUUGGUAUUGUGUGUCUGUGACAGACAAUAAGUGCUUAAAUAUGUAUUUCUUCGUCACUCCGUGUGUUAUCUCCCUUCAGAAAUAUGAAUGAACCAACCUUCAGAAUCUGCCUGGUAAUUAUCGAGUCAAAAUGGUCACCACACAAACAAAACCCGAGAGUUCUGGCAUAGACAUGUCGAAAUACAUCACUCCAUGGAAGCUUGAUCCACAGCAGCCGUAUCUGCUGAAAAAUUGCAGAAUUGUUGACCCAGUUCAUGGAUCAAUCAGCAGCAAUGCCACGAUUGCCCUUUCCGCCGGCAAGAUUAUCUCCGUUGAAACAGGCGAGCCAGCAAAGCCAGAUGGAUUCGACAUCAAGCCGGAGAACAUCAUUGACCUCGAAGGAAAAUACGUUUGCCCCGGGCUGAUUGACUGCCAUGUUCACAUCGCGGUUACGCCAGGCGCGGCAAGCCUGUCGUCGUACCGAGACAUGACGGAGACCAAAAGCCUUCUGCGGCAGCCCAGUGUUCUCAAGUCAAUGCUCCAGCGGGGGUUUACUACCGUCAGAGACUGCGGUGGUGCGACUCUCGCGAUGAAAGAGGCCGUUGAAGAAGGCAUCUAUCCCGGCCCGCGCCUCUUCAUUUCUGGAAAAGCCCUUUCUCAGACUGGUGGCCACGGCGACAUGAGAGGACGGCACGACACCAUCCCCUGUUGCGGCGGCGCUGUAUCAGGCAUCAGCCGUAUCGUUGAUGGAGUGCCAGAAUGCUACCGCAUGGCGAGAGACGAACUGCGACAAGGCGCAGACUUCAUCAAGAUCAUGGGCGGUGGCGGCGUUGCUAGCCCAACUGAUCGCAUCGACCAACUUCAGUUCUCUGACGACGAAAUCAAGGCCAUAGUGACGGUUGCAAAUAACGCAAAGACAUAUGUCACAAGCCACUGCUAUACCACAGAAGCAGUGACACAAGCAAUCAAGCAGGGCGUCAGGGGUAUUGAGCACGGCAACCUGAUCGAUCUGGAAACCGCGAAGCUCAUGGCGAAGACGGGGACAUUUCUCACGCCGACGCUUGUCACUCACUUCGUAUCAAAGGAGUCACAUUUUCUCGAUGCGGAGUCAGAAGCCAAAGUCACCACUGUACUCGAACAGGGCCUAGUUACACUCAAGAUGGCAACUGAAGUCGGUGUCACAGUCUGCUUCGGCACAGAUCUGCUGGGUCCUACUCACUUUGCUCAGUCGAAAGAGUUCUCUAUUCGCAGUCAAGUUCAAACAUCCCUUCAGGUUCUACAAAGCGCCACCAUCAAUGCCGCCAAGUUGCUUGGCCAGGAAAACAAGCUAGGCCAGGUUAAGGAAGGGUUCAUGGCAGAUCUUCUGGUUCUGGAUCGUAACCCUUUGGAUGAUAUCACAAUCCUGGACAAGUCUCAAGAGUCUAUAUUAGCUGUUGUGAAGGACGGCAGGGUUAUGCAUUCGCAUCUCAGCUGUAUGAAAGAAGAACCGAGACCCUAAGACACGCGUGAUCUUCUGCGCAGACUCUAGGUGUAGGGUAGAAAAGAGAAACCACUUGUCGUAUUGGGCCAUAGUUCCGCGUUAUUCAACGUUUGUUGAGACUGUCUUUUAUUUACUGAAUUGAAUUCUGCCCGUAGGCUUACUUUGGGUAUCUGGUGUUACCGCCAGAGGCUGUGCUCAAGAGACCGAGUAGCCGGCUCCGCUUGUGAGAACACCAUUUCGGCUUUUGGGACCCAUCUCUACGUCACCUACAUCCCACCCGGUUAUUAACACAGCUUCAGAUUUGUAAUUUAGGUCGGCUUAUAAAUCAUACGCAAAGUCUGAGAGGUAUUAGAUCAAAUAAGAGGAGAUUUCAGUCCGGCUGAAUGCCCG